UACAUCAUCUUAACCUUCAACAAAACGCCAGGUAGUGCUAGAGAAAUAACACUUCGAGCGAUAUGUGUUCGAACGAUUCCUUUCAAUUUUGCAUGGGAAACGAGCCAAAUCUUCUUCCUUUGGAAUUUGAAGGAGGUUGUUCAUUAUAACAAAUCUUCAUUCAGUAACAGGAUGGGACCCAAUAUCCAUUAUAACAAGGUUUUGGAUAUAUCAAAUCUUCCUUUUCCUCUCAAUUUUACGAAAGGUGGAGGGAGCAAGCAUGGUGGAUUGCUGAGUUUGUAUCUGACUCACCAACAAGGCUUUGAUUAAUGGAGAAAAAGGAGCAUUUUGGCCCUUCCAAAAGUAGGUUAACCAAAUAAGUUGACUACUAGUACUUAUCUGCUCCAGUUUUUCAACAUAUUCUCGAUAGUGGGUUGGCAAGUACACAGCCAAUAAACUCGUCUACUUGCUUGCAUAUAAAGAUGCACAAUUCACUUCAUAAAUACAGACAAUUCUUUGCCAUUACUCAGUACUUACCUGCAUAGAGAGCUUCCUGCUUCCCAAUGGCUAGUACUGUUCUUCCCAUCUUGGCUUCCCCUUUCAUCAUUUUCUACCUCCUCUCUUCCUUUUCCACCAUUUUGGUCACUGCAGAAGAUCAGGGCUAUGCAAAAAGCCUAGACCCGAAACUACUUAGGCUCGAGAAACAACAGCUUACCCGCUUUCAUUUCUACUGGCAUGAUAUCGUCAGUGGCAGCAAUCCCACAGCUGUUCUAGUUGUGCCUGCACCCUCCAACACUUCAACAGCCUUUGGUUUAGUGAGGAUGUUUGAUGAUCCAUUAACCGUGGGAACAAACAUGAGCUCAGGACUGAUUGGAAGAGCACAAGGGUUUUAUGCCUCUGCUUCACAAAAAGACCUUGAACUAUUAAUGGUUAUGAACUUUGCUUUCACCGAUGGGAAGUACAAUGGUAGCAGUAUCACCAUCCAAGGGAGGAACCCGGUGUUCGACAAGGUGAGGGAGUUGCCGGUCAUCGGAGGCAGCGGACUUUUCCGGUUUGCUAGUGGUUAUGCUGAGAUCAGGACUCAUACAUUUGAUAUCAACACAAGAGAUGCAGUAGUUGAGUACAAUGUCUCUGUGUUGCAUUAUUGAUGUUCUAAGACCGUUUGUGGUGGGCUAUGUUGUUGGGGUGAUAUCUUUCGUGUACGUUGGUCACUUUUGACUACUUUUAAGCCAAGCUGGCCUGGUUUGCCUUGUAUCUACAUACUGCUUAAAAUAAAACAAAUGGAUUACAAAGACUUUUUCAUUACUAUUAUAACACA